GCGCGCGCGCGCGGGGGCAUGCGGCCGAGCGGGCGCCAGCCCGCAGCGGCCGCCCGCGCGGGGCGGCAGCCCGCGCCGGCGAAGGUCCGACGCCGCGAGCAGCUGCAGCAGCACCGACAGUCACGGCCGGAGCCAGGCGCGAGGAGGCUGCAGGCGCCCAGGGGCGUGCCCGUCUGGCUGGUGCUGACCCUCGGCGGCGCCCUGCCCGUCGCGGCGCUCGUCACGGUGCGGCUCUACCUGGAGCUGGGCCUCGGGCCCGGAGGAGGGCCAGGAUGGGGCGCCUCCGAGCGCGUGUCCUCCUGGAGCCACGCGGAGAAGCUGCGGGCGCUGGGCAUCCAGGUGAGCUGCGGCGGCCACACCGCUGACAGCUGCGCCGAGUGUCCGCGAGGCCACGGCGAGACCUGGUGCAACGGCGAGUGCGGCUGGAAGCGCGGCUGGUGGGGAGGCGCCUGCGUCUGGAGGGGGCUCGGCACCCCGAACGGCACCGAGGCCGACCCCGGCUGCCCCGUCGGCGACCGGGGCGGCCUGUUCCCCGACGAGGCCGCCCAGGGCCGCCUCUUCGAGCGCCUGGCCACCGACCCGAGGUACAGGCCCUUCGGCCCGGAGGUCGUCAGCAGGGACCCGUGGAUCAUCGUGUUUCACACGCUGCUCUCGGCAGAGGAGUGCGAAGGCGUUGUGAGGGACUGCGGCGAGUUCAGACCCGACGUCGUCGCUGGCGGCGUCAGGUCUCUGAACCGCACCAGCGACUCCUUCAACUGCGAGAAUGACGAGGACUACAUGCAGAGGCCCGGCAUCCAGCUGUACAGGGAGAGGCUCGCCGGCGUGCUGCAGGUCGGGCUCGAGCACUCCGAGGGCCUCUCGGUGAUCCGGUACGGCCCAGGGGGGCAUUUUGACAGGCAUCACGACCUCGUCGAUCGGGAGUACGCGGCCGCGUACUUCGACAACUGCGGUCCCCGCGUCCUCACGUUCAUGACGUACCUCACCGACGUGGAGGAGGGGGGCGCGACCCGCUUCGUCCACCUCGAUGUGGACGUGGUUCCGAAGGCUGGCCGCGCGGUCGUGUGGGCGGACACCUGGGGCGACCGGCCCCUGGAGAAGGACGUCCGCACCAUGCACGAGGGGCAAGCGGUGAUCAGGGGCACGAAGGUCGUGGCCAACACGUGGUUCUUGCAAUUCGACAGGGACGCCAACAUGGCCCGCGGGUGCUGCAGGAAGCCUUACCAGCAGCCGAGAAAAAAAGCGCCUGAGCGGGUGGGAGCGCCUGCGCCACCAGCACGCUGCCGCCCGGGAGCGAGGGAGGGCGGCCCCACGUCGAAGCCGGCACUCUUUGCGACCUGCGCCCGUCGGGCCCACGAUGACGAC